AUGACGGCUGGCAUCACAAACAUAGCCAUCUCUUCCUCGCCGACCUCGCGCAGCCUGCUGCAGCAAGCAAGCCAGCUAGCCCGUAUCCAUACUCCCGCCUUGUCGUCAAAUGCUGUGGUCAGGACCAUGUUCCAAAAGGCAAAUCAAGCACACAAGAACGCCGCCCCCUCGCAGCGUCCUGCCUUGGCUAAGCAGUUGUUCCCGUCAAGCAGCCCGAGCUCUUGCAACCUCGACAUUCGAGAUCAGCUGAAAAGGCCGGCUUCGACUAGCUCCGGUGCUGCCGCUGCGUCGGCGAGGACCAACCAGCCCUAUGCGAGUCCGCUGGAUAAUCGACCAGUCAACCUGGCACACACGACUGGCCAUUCAGCGACCGGCAGCAAGGGCUCGUUAUCGUUGUUGUAUUCUGGCCACGUCGACUCGUUCGAAUCAGGAGGGAUAGACCAUGUUGAUCUCACAGGCUCCGCUGCGGCACCCCAAAAGAUACAUGAAUCAGUCUACUUCGCUGAAGAUGAUUUCAGUGAUGAUGCGGAUCUUGACCUCGAUUUCGAGGCCCCCUCGGCGCUCCCGCAACAGCCCAAACCGCAGGUUGCACAGCAACCGGCUCCCUUACCGAUACCGUCGCAGGUUGAGAAUCCCAUCCCGUGGUCGUCUUCGCCCGCUUCGCAUAUGCACCCAGCAAAUCCACCACGGCUUUCCGAAGCUACAUCGGAACUCUCCAAUCCAUCGUUGAAACGCGAUUCGUCGGGUGACGUGGAGUGCAUGGAGUCUACGGUCCAGAAAAAGGCGAAGAAAAGGGUUUUGCCGGCUAGCUUUCGAACCGAGGCUGCACAUGAGGAGGAGGUCCUGCAUCUCGAGUCUUGGAAAACCCCAACGCGAAAGACAAAGGCUCCCUGGGAUCCAAGCGCCAGUGUCAUCAAGGAACAGAUGAAGCUGCUCAAGAGCCAAAGAAAUCCUCGCUCUGCUGACUCGGAUAAAGAAGCCGUCCCGGAAAAGGUGCACAAGGAGCAAGAGCAAGAUGUGAAACCCGUUGCAAUCUCCCUCAGCAGUGAACAAGAGCACGUGCUCGACAUGGUUGUUAACAGAGGUCAGAGUGUCUUCUUUACUGGCCCAGCCGGCACUGGAAAAUCCGUCUUGAUGCGGGCCAUCAUCAAUGAGCUGAAGAAGAAAUUUUCGCAUAAUCCUGAACGAGUUGCUGUCACUGCCUCAACCGGACUAGCUGCUUGUAAUAUUGGAGGAAUCACUCUGCACAGCUUUUCUGGUAUUGGCCUCGGCAAGGAAGACGCCCCGACUUUGGUUCGUAAAAUUCGUCGCAACCAAAAGGCCAAAACUCGCUGGCUUCAGACAAAAUGCCUCAUCAUUGACGAAAUAUCCAUGGUAGAUGGUGACUUGUUCGAUAAACUUUCUCAGAUAGGGCGCACAAUUCGAAACAAUGGCCGUCCAUGGGGCGGCAUCCAACUCAUUAUUACCGGGGACUUUUUCCAACUACCACCCGUGCCGGAUGCUGAUAAGAAGCGAGAAUCCAAGUUUGCCUUUGAUGCGGCAACGUGGAGCACGUCGAUAGACCACACCAUCGGGCUGACCCAAGUAUUCCGUCAGCGGGAUCCGCAAUUUGCCAGAAUGCUUAACGAGAUGCGCAUUGGCAAGAUCAGCCAGAGUACUGUGGACGCCUUUAAAGCUCUAUCACGGCCCCUCAGUUUUGACGAUGGUGUCGACUUGGCCGAGCUGUUCCCAACGCGGGCGCAAGUCGAAGGCUCGAAUGAAAGGAAGCUUCGGGAACUUCCCGGCAAAAUCUACCGAUACGACGCCAUGGACUCGGGAGAUCAAGCUGUUCGGGACAAGCUUCUGGUCAACAUGAUGGCUCCGAAAGCACUAGAGUUGAAAGUCGGUGCCCAGGUGAUGCUCAUCAAGAACUUGGAUGAAACGUUGGUGAACGGAUCCCUGGGCAAAGUCAUUGCCUUUUCCGAUGAGAAGACUUUCGAGAUGGGGGGUCUUAACCCCUUGGAUGCCGCCAUGGAAGAUUCAAUAGCCAAGGCGAAGCGAAAGCUGGCCGCUUUCAGCCGUGAUUCCGGCUCCGGCUCAGGGUUGAAUGCUAGGAAGUUUCCCGUCGUUCAGUUCAUUUCCACUGGCGGCCUCCCACGUGUGAUCUUGUGUCAGCCCGAGGAGUGGAAAGUCGAGCUGCCCAACGGCGAGGUCCAGGCCAAACGAACACAGCUGCCCCUCAUCCUGGCUUGGGCGCUCUCCAUACACAAAGCUCAGGGCCAAACACUCGAAAGAGUGACGGUGAACUUGGGGAGAGUAUUCGAGAAAGGCCAGGCGUACGUGGCACUAAGUCGAGCUACCAGCCAAGAUGGUCUGCGCGUGCUGGGCUUUGACCGGUCCAAAGUCAUGGCGCACCAAAAAGUCAUCGAAUUUUAUGGCAAACUAUACUCGGUGGAGGAUGCUGUCAGGGGCCAGCCAACCACGAUUGCCGAUUUCAUUGCGAAUAAAAAGGGUGUGCCGAGCCAUCAUCGAGUCAAAACAUCAGACAGUACCGAGAGGAACCAUGAGGAAGAAGCAAUGGCAUCAUAUGGGCAUUAG